AUGUGGUUGGUCUUCUCGUGGUACGACCAUCGAGUUGUUUGGAAUAAUUCGUUGAGCUCACAGAAACGAAUUCUUGUAGACUCACACAAAUUGUGGAAACCUGAAUUGAUUAUAGGAAAUAGUAUCAAGGGACAAGAUCUACUGCAGAAUGGAGGGUCUCUGCUGGUUACCGGUCAUGGAGAUGUUAGAUGGUUUGUCAUAGGGGCAAUAGAAACCAGGGGUCCUAUCAACAUUUACAAGUUUCCCUUUGAUACCCAGACUUGUGUAGUUAUAAUACGUGGAUGGUUCGGGUUCCACAAUAAAGUACAUCUCUCCAGUGAAACAGAUGUUGACAUGAACCAAUUUGAAGAGAAUAGCGAGUUUGAAAUUUCCUCUGAAGAUAUCACUAACAUUGAUGGUGAACACGAUGGACGGUUAAUACGUAUAACCUUCCAUUUGAGACGACGCCCUAUGUUCUAUAUCUUCACCAUCCUGCUCCCCGUGGUCCUCCUCUACUUCCUCAACCCCUUCGUGUUCCUGCUGCCCUCACAGAGCGGAGAGAAGACCAGCAUGGCCGUGUCUGUCCUCCUCAGCUUCCAACUGUUUCUGUCCAUCAUCAGGGACUCCCUGCCUGAGAACUCUCUCACCGUCAGCCUCUUCAGCCUCUACGUGUCUCUGGCCAACUUCACCAGUGUUGUCAUCGUCGUUGUCAAUAUCCUCCUUCUCAAAAUGAAAGGUAAGCCACCACCGAAAUGGAUCUUAAGAAUGUGUAAGAAGGACUCUGCUUCAAACCAAGUUGAUGUUGUAAGUGGCAAUGUGGAGGAUGAAGAGCAGACAAGACCAGAGUGGGCAGAUAUUGAAACUAAACUAAACAAGACCUGUUUUACAUGCUUCUUUGUGUUUAGUAGUAGUGUAACAGCCGUGAUUCUUGGGAUGAUGACAAGAUAA